AGCAAGAUGACUAUAACUACUAUUCUGUAUUUUCAAAGCAUUGUAUUGUAUUGUAACACAUAUAUAUGCUAAUAAUAUAGAUAAUAAUAAUAAAAAUAAUAUAAAUUAAAGCAAGAAUGAAGAACAUAAUAAAAAUAAAUUUCUUAAUUUUUAUAGGACUAAUUUUAUUUGCGAAUACGGAAAGAAUUAAAGAAAAAAUGUACGACGACGUUAUAGGAUCAGGUUGCUUCCGUCGUUUUAAUGGCACACAUCAGUUUGGUUGUUCGUCAAAUUUUUUCGGGUCAUCUGGAGUAUUACAUUCAAUAUCUUCCAAAGCAGAUUUGGACUUUAUUUUGGAGAAUCCCAGAUCUGCUCCUUAUGUCGCAGUCCUUACACCCUAUUUAUUCACAAAAGAAAAUGUAUUAAGAAUAAGAGAUGAGGGUGGAAAAAGCGUGUCAGGAAUUGUUCUAAUUAAUAAUGUUGAACAAAUGACUCAUUUUAGUGGAGAAUCCAAAUGUCCAAAUCAAUAUAGUUCAAUUAAAGAACAAAGUUGUGAUGAAAAUCGUCCUGACUCGCUAUGGAAUCCACUUGGUAGUGGGCUAUUAUUAGAAGACUUCAAAUUUCCAAUUUAUUACGUAUCGGAUAAUGACACAAUAGACAAGAUUUUAAAUUGUUUUUCAAGAUUUAAUAAUUACGAUAAAGAAAACCAAGCAAGUCGAUCACUGUGUUCAAUAGAAAUAACAACUCCAAUGGCAGGGGCUGGAAACUCGGAAAUUUGUUUAAGAAGAUCUAAGCCGUCAGUAGUAUUGUACCCUACAAAGUAUUGCGAACCUUUGGAAGGCAGUAGUAUAUUUGCAACAUUAUUUCCUAGAGAACAUACAGAUGACUUAAAUUCAGAUAGCAUCGAUGCAAAAGAAAAGUUUAUUUUGCUUAGUACCCGUAUAGACACAGCGUCAAUGUUCGAAGGAUUAGGUUUGGGUGCAAUGGAUUCAUUAGUUUCUUUCGCUACAUUGUUAAGCAUAGGCCACGUACUUAGCAAAAUAUUAGAGGAAAAGAAUUUAAGUCCAAAUAGAAAAAAUUUCAACGUAUUAUUUAUGUUUUUUAAUGGAGAGUCUUUCGAUUAUAUUGGUUCUCAGCGGCUUGUUUAUGAUUUGCAGAAACUAUCUUUUCCAAGAAAUCAUCAUCGCCGGCCGAUAUCAAUGGAUCAAAUUUCUUUUAUGAUCGAUAUAGGAACUCUAGAUGACCUCAGCAAUAUUAAAGUGAUAACAGCAAAACCAGUUCCGCAAGCAAAUACUCUUUUACAACUACUUAAUUCAUAUAACCGGCAGUUUAAUAUUUCAUUUGAUUCUAUGGAAACAUUCAAUUUACCACCUACAUCCGCUCAAUCAUUUUUAAGAGAAAAUCUGUCAUUUCCCGUUGCAAUAUUGAACUCAAAACCAACAAAUAAAUUUUAUCAUUCAAUAUAUGAUGAUGCAUAUAAUAUAAAGUAUAAAUAUUACAACAAAUCAGAAUUAUACAAUUUUAAUGAAUUAAUGAACUCAAAAAAAGCUGCCGAUUUGUUCAACGGGGACUCUAUUCAAAUGAAAAUUCGAAAUAUAUCUUCGGUUGUUGCUUUUGCUUUGUAUGAAAUGCUUACAGACAGUACUUAUCAUGAUAAUGAAGAUAAAUACGCAAAUCCGAUAUUGAUCGAUGAGUUUUUAUACUGUUUUCUUGAAUCAGCUGAUUGCCCAUUAUUUAAAGCUGCGUCUCAUCCAAAUAGUUUACCAGCACUACCAGUUCCACCAUCUAGGUAUAUUAGUGUUUACAGAGCAUACCAAGACACAGCAAUUUGGACGUACCGAUUGUUAGGUUAUUUAAUGUCGACAAAACAAAAAAUUUCCAAAGAGAAUUGUACAAUUCUACCGUUACAUUGGUUUUCUGGAUAUAAUAAUACAGGGGAGUGUAGGCUCACAACACAAAACACUACAAAGGCUAUAAGUCCAGCUUUUGCUGAUCCUGAUUACGAUUGGAAGUCUGGAAAAUAUUCAUCAUGGACAGAAUCUACAUGGACUAUGUUCAGUGCUAGAAUAUAUGUUCGCCCUUCAAGAAUUCACGAAACUCUUGUUUUGUCAUUUGGUUUCAUAGUAUUGAUUCUAUCGUUUGUUACAGUUUACUUAGUAAACGGUAAAUCAGAAACAUUGUUUGAAAACAUUCCCGUUUCAAGCACGUCAACGGAGCCUGCUGCAUGUUGAAGUUGGAAAAAGUUGAAUAAAAAAUGCAAAGACUGCUUUAAAUAUUUAGAUAUGAUGUUUAAUAUUUCAAGUGAUUUAGAAAAUAUAAAACUAAUUCAGAUUAAUUUGUCGCUUCUUAAACUAUUAUUUAAGAUAUUUAUUGUUACAAAAAUGUAUUUUUAUCUUUAAUCUUAACUUAAUACACAAAUAACAUUAUAUCAAAUAAUUAGAAAAUGCUUAUUACCUUUUUAACCAAUGAUAAUUUUAACUUUGAAUAUUGAAAUAUUUUGGAAGUGAUCAUUGACUUCAUGACAACUAUUAUGUAAUAUUAAUUUGUACAAUAAAA